AGCUGCUGCGGGGGCCGGGCGGGGGUCCCGAGCUGUGGCGGCGUCGUCUCACAGCUGCUGACCCCCGCGGACCCUGCUGCUGGGCGCAGGCGGGGCGCCGGAGCGGCGGCCGGGCUCGCGUUCGCUGCGGGAGUUCCCAAGUCCAAAUCUGGAUCUAAGAAGCAUCAAAGGAAGCCUGCACUGGAGGCCCCCAGGUCUCCCCGGAAGCUGGACGGCAUCUACUGUGUGAGACGGGAUGGCGCCCCCCACCAGUGUGCCCUCCUCAUUGCUGCUGCUGACGGCUGUUGCAGGUUGCGCCUGUGGCCCGUGCCGCGAGGGGAGGACGUUCGCCAAUGCCAUCAUUUCGCCGGACCUGGAAACUACCAGGAUCACGCGGGGGCCUCCGGGCACCCCCGUGGUGGACUGCACGGCCGCGUGCUGUGAGCUGGCCGGCUGCGACCUGGCCUGGUGGUUCGAGGGCCGCUGCUACCUGGUGAGCUGCCCACGCUUGGAGAGCUGUGAGCCCAAGACGAUGGGCUCCGUCGGGUCCUACCUCACCUUUGUGCGGAGGCCGGCCCGGCUGCUGGGCCACGGGGCGAUGAUGCUCAACAGGGGGGCCCCCUCGGGACUCUGGGGCGACCCGCCAGAGGAUAUCAGGAAGGACUUGCCCUUCCUAGGCCAAGAGUGGGGCCCAGAGGAGACGCCGGAGUACUCGGACGACUACAGGGAACCCGAGCAAGCCCCUGUCUGGCCCCUCGGCAAGCCGGGGCCCAGAGGGAGCGCCGAGCACACGGCCUGGGGCCCGCGCGUGGUGGGCGGCAGCCCCUCUGCCGGAGGCGGCCUUCCAGGGGCUGCCGAGAAGCAGGACCACCCUGCGCUGCAUGCACUGAAUGCGUUCUCAUGGACCGCGGCCCCCCAGCAGUCUCCCGAGAGUGCCUCCUUGCCUCCCUCCGUGACAGUUCCACCAUGGGGAGAGGCGUCGGGAAAGGAGGCUUUUCAGCGCCAGGAGCAACCCAGCACCAGCUCUGGAAGAGAGGUUCUCAUGCCUUCCCGUCAUCCUCCUCCAGCCAGGGUGGCAUUCCGCCCGGCCUCCACAGAGAAGAGCCCGCUUCCCACAGUCGCUGUGCAGAGCCCAGAGCGUGGCGCCCCGACCCCGCCCACUAGCCUCGUCCCUGCUGAGCCCACCCCACCAGAGCAGCCUGCGUCUCCGACCACUGCUCCCAGGACAGUGAAAGCACUCACAGUGUCCGCCGGGGAGAAUCUUGUAAUGACUUUACCGGAGAACGAAGUGGAACUGAAGGCUUUUGUUGUGCGCGCGCCACCUGCAGAAACCGCCUACAGCUACGAAUGGAGUUUAAUAAGCCACCCUGCCAACUACCGAGAUGAAAUAAAAGAAAGACACACGCAAACUCUUCAUGUCUCCCACUUGUCAGCAGGACUUUAUGCCUUCAAAGUAGCAGUUUCUGGUGAAAAUGCCUUUGGAGAAGGAUUUGUCAAUGUCACGGUUAAGCCAGCCAGAAGAGUGAACCUGCCCCCCACAGCGGUGGUUUCUCCCCAGAUGCAAGCCCUCACCCUGCCUUUGACGUCGGCCUUCCUCGAUGGCAGCCAAAGUACGGAUGACACUAAAAUUGUGAGUUACCGCUGGGAAGAAAUUAGCGGCCCGUUCCGAGAGGACACUCCCGCGGAUUCCCCCGUCUUACAUCUGUCUAACCUUGUUCCUGGAAACUACACUUUCAGAUUGACUGUUACAGACUCGGAUGGAGCCUCUAACUCCACAACUGCAUCCCUAAUAGUCAACAGUGCUGUGGACCAUCCUCCAGUUGCCAAUGCAGGACCAAAUCAGACCAUAACUUUGCCCCAAAACUCCAUCACUUUGAAUGGAAACCAGAGCAGUGAUGAUCACCAGAUUGUCCUCUAUGAGUGGUCCCUGGGUCCAGGGAGUAAGAGCAAAGAGGUGGCCAUGCAGGGCGUUGAGACACCAUACCUUCAUUUGUCGGCCAUGCAGGAAGGAGACUAUAUGUUCCAGCUGAUGGUGACAGAUUCUUCAAAGCAGCAAUCCACGGCUGUGGUCACUGUGACUGUCCAGCCUGAAAGCAACAGGCCUCCGGUGGCUGUGGCCGGCCCCGACAAGGAGCUGGUCUUCCCGGUGGAGAGCACCACCCUGGAUGGCAGCAGGAGCACUGACGACCAGGGCAUCGUCCUCUACCACUGGGAGCACGUCCGAGGCCCUGGUGCCGUGCAGAUGGAAAAUCCCGAUGACGCUGUAGCCACAGUGCGCAGGCUCCGGGUGGGGACCCACCACUUCCGUCUGACGGUGACUGAUGGGCAGGGGCUGAGCAGCACGACCACCCUCACCGUGGCCGUGAAGAAGGAAAAUAACAGUCCUCCCAGAGCCCACGCUGGUGGCCGCCAUGUGCUUGUGCUUCCCAAUAACUGCAUUACUUUGGACGGUUCGAGGUCUACCGAUGACCAAGGAAUUGUGUCCUACCUGUGGGUCCGGGAUGGCCAGAGCCCAGCCGCUGGGGAUGUCAUCGAGGGCUCCGACCGCAGCGCAGCCCUGCAGCUUACCAAUCUGGUGGAGGGCAUCUACACGUUCCACUUGCAAGUUGCUGACGGUCAGGGGGCCUCGGACACGGACACGGCCACCGUGGAAGUGCGGCCAGACCCCAGGAAGAGUGGACUGGUGGAGCUGACCCUGCAGGUGGGCGUGGGGCAGCUGACCGAGCAGCAGAAGGACACCCUCAUGAGACACCUGGCGGCCCUGCUGAAUGUGCCAGACUCAGACGUUAAGGUUCAGAAGAUCCAGGCCCACUCGGACCUCAGCACCGUGGUUGUGUUUUAUGUCCAGAGUGGGCCACCUUUUGAGGUUCUCAAAGCCGCCGACGUGGUCCACAGUUUGCACAGGCAGCUCUCAAAGGAGAAGGCCGAUUCCUUGCUCUUCAAAGUCUUGAGGAUCGACACAGCAGGCUGCCUUCUGCAGUGCUCUGGCCAUGGUCACUGUGACCCCAUCACGAAGCGCUGUGUGUGCUCCCAGCUGUGGAUGGAGAACCUGAUACAGCGUUACAUCCGGGAUGGGGAGAGCAACUGUGAGUGGAGUAUAUUCUACGUGACGGCGUUGGCUCUCACUGUCCUAGUGCUGAUCGGGGGCUCGCCCUGGCUUUGCCUCUACUGCUGCAAGAGGCCCUGCAAUCACCAAAGAGAAGUUUUGCUUUCGAUGUUUCCCUCUUCCUUCUUCUGUGGAGCUGACCUCGAGAAGCCCCUGAGCUGCCUCGAUGUCUCAAUCUUCCAGAAGUCUGUGCCCAGCCCUCGACGAAAAAGGACUAAAAUAAGGAAGAAAACCAAGUAUACCAUCCUGGAUAACAUGGAUGACCAGGAGAGAAUGGAGCUGAGGCCCAAGUAUGGUAUUAAACACCGAAGCACAGAGCACAACUCCAGCCUCAUGGUGUCCGAGUCGGAGUUUGACAGCGACCAAGACACAAUCUUCAGCCGAGAGAGGAUGGAGAGGGGGAAUCCAGAAGUCUCUAUGAAUGGUUCCCUCAGAAACGGAGCUCCCUUCAGCUAUUGCUCAAAGGACAGAUAACGGAGCCGUUUGUAAACUCGAAGGCUACCCACAGGAAUCACUGAAUCCAGGACCAGUUAAUGGGAGUUAAAAAACAGAACUAACUCUUGUUAGAAUAGUGCAUUAAUGUCCUUUCACACGGGGCUGGAUGUGUGUCCCUGUAUUUAAAAGAUCUGUUUUCUUGGGAUGUUUGAGACAUGAAACAAAACAGAAACGUUGCUCUUUUAACAGAGAUGCUUGCUAACAGGGAUAAAGGUUGGGUAAGAGACUAGGUAUAUAUGUAAAAGAGUUUUCUGUUGUGUAGGUGGCACAGUAUUUAUAUUACCUAUGUGGAAAUAAAGACUACCCCUGUGUCUAUCUGCAGACCUCUAGGUAAGUUAAACACGCAUUUAAAAAGGGCUGAUUUCUCUUUGGAGCUGUGAUUGCCUUUGAGGACGACAUCCUGAACAUGCUUUUUCUGGUAGGACCCACACAGUAAAGUUGCUGUGUAUAUUACAGUAGCUUAUUUGAGGUGUGGGUUGUCUUCUGUGCAGCAAGUUUUCUGUGCUGACUGAGACACCCAUACAGAGCAAAGCCCCCCAGUAGGUUUAUUCCUUGCUAUGGCCAGCCACCAUUGGCCCUCUGUAGACAGCAGCUCCUGGGAAUCUGAGAGCUGAGUACGAAUCGUCUGAUAAGGACCAGAGACAUAGACAGGGACGUGGGGGCAUAAUGACCUGUAGGUUGAAAGUUGAAGAUCACAUGGUAACAUUCUUUGCCUUUUCUUUCUCCUAGAAAAGCUACCUUGAAGCCUCUCCUAGCCCCAGUGUAGGUUAAACGCGAUAAAAGUGAUUAUUAGCCGAUGGAACAUGUAUUGAGUAUGUCCAUAGGCAUGCAUUUAGAUUGCCACAGAUAGGGAUAAUGACUCAGCAACUUUGUCUAUGUUUUCAAACUCAGAAAUAUAGUCUGUCUUAAUUAGGAUGGGAUGCUCAUGAUAAUUGGCCCCUAUAGAUACUUUCCAUGAUAACAAACUGACAUAGACAUUCACUUCAUAGGUUUAAAAAAAUAUAUUAAACCAUUUUUUUAACCAAAUAAAUCUCAUUUUAAAUAUAUGGGGGGGGAACAUCCCCAACCACAGAGCACCCCAGAGCAGACCUGGAGUGAACUAUAGCCUGAGGAGGUGGCUGGCUCCUGUUGGUUCGUUCUCCAUCCAUAGUCCUGAGGCUGGUGACCUGGGAGGUGCCCUUGGCAUUCUUUGGAAAGAUUAGAAUAGAGGUGGGGCCCAUCACAGAAUCAGUGUUGUGGCCUCAGAAGGGAACACACCUAAGCAGGACCCUGGUGCACAAGUUUCUGUGAAACUAGGAUUGCUUUACCACGAUUAAGUGGAAAAGCAAGAGGAUUAAACCACCAGGUUUAAACCAUCAGGACGGGAACAAGGGAGAAAAUAGUUCCUGUGGGUCCCUGAACAAAAUUAAGCUUGCACAUGCUUUUGUUCUGUCUGGUCAUAUUCAUCCUUAUGAGAUCAUCUUGUUUUCAAUUUUUGUACUUUCUGGGGAACGGCAGAACUAAAAAGUAUAUAAGACUAUAAUUUUAUUUUUUUUAAAUAAUUUCUUUGCUUAUGCCUCCACUUUCUGUACUGCUAGUCAGUUCAGUCUGCUAUCUGUGAUGUUAGAAGGAAGAUGUGAUGUUUUCUACACCAGUAUUUAUCUUCAUAAACUUAAUCUCUCGCAUACCCAGUGAACAGAAUUAUGUUGUUUUGUGUACAACCAGGAAUUUCUGGCUUUGAGGAAUGCAGAACCGGAGGCGGAUGGAGUGCAAUGAAGAAGAGAGUGAACGUUUGUUAAGUGCUUUAUGCGCAUAAUACAUGUUUUAUAUAUACCCCACUGGUCCUUCCAGUCGGCCUGGAAAAGGAGAUAUUAUUCUCCUGUGGCAGAGAACGACCUGGAGUCUCAGAGAGGUUAAGCAACUUGUGCAAGGUCACAGCCCAAGAGUGCUAGAUCUGCGAACGGAAUGCACAUUUUUUAAGCCGUGAAGCCCAUGCUUUCUACCCUCCUCCCUUACUAUACAGAGAACGCCCACCCUCAGCUGUUGGACAGCAGAUUCUGGAUGGCCUUUGGACCAUUUGUUCCUGGGACCCAGGGGACUUCCUUCAGACGGUGGAGAGAACACAGGACGCAGAGAAGCCUCCCUCGUCCCUCCUGCGGGAUUACACCCUGUGGCAGCGCUCUGGUUUCAGAGGGCUGCUUCCGCCUCCCCUGGCCUCUCUUCCCCCACCGGUGCACCUUGACCUCAGGUGCACCAGGAGGCGGUUCGCCCUGGGUACCUGGGCCCCGGGCGGGGCAGAGCUCAGGGUGAGGAAGAACUGCCUUCUGCCCACCAUCCAGGGCAGAAACUCCCCCAGGGCCAGUGGAGGGAAGGUUCUCCAGCUGCUCGAUGGAGAAGCCCGCCCACAAGACCUUCCAGUCACUGCAAGGGGGAUGUGACUUGGGUACUGAGGCCAGUCGUGGAAGAAUGCAGCGGAAAGCCGCGCGGCGCGGGAGGCGCCCCAGCCUGGGGGCAGAGGGUCCCAGCUGCCCCGGGCCGCCCUGUGAUAUUUCCCAGGUCUGACCAGCUCUUACUUGUAGGACAGCACGUAUGAGACAUGGCCAGUCUAAAUAAAGGCGUCUGUAUUUCCGUAAUGCUGUGUCGGAGCAGGGGAGUACUUCUUGCUUUGGGCGAGGGCCUUCCCUGGGGUGGGAGUCGGCAAGCUGGCUCUACCUGUUUUGUGCGGCCUAUGAGCCCACGGUGGUUUUCACGUUUCCAAAUGGUUCGGGAAAUCAUGAGGCUGUUGUGAGACUUCAGUGGAGUUGGGAUUUCAGGGUGCACCAAGACAGCCGUGAUGGAAGGCGCGCCCCUCGCUCCUGCUUGGGGGACGGCAGAGGAGCGGUCUGCAGGGCCCGUCCCAACCCCAAAUAUCCACUUCCUGGCCCUUCUCAGAACCAUGUGCCCAGCCCCACAGCCCGGCACUUCUGUCUCUCUCUGCCCCUCCCCCCCUUGCAUGCCUGCUCUCUUUCUCUCUCCAAAAUAAAUAAAGAAAUCUUUAA